GCUUAUGAAAUUAACUUUUACCUUAAAAUUCUUACUAAUUUUGAACUUUGUAUUGAACACAAAGUUUAAAUUUGUCAUUUUUAUACACAAAUGAGAGAUAUACAUAGGGUACACAUAUAGGUAUUCAGUAUAUCUGUGUUACUAAAAUAUAAUGGAGGUUUCAAUGGUAAAAAAAAAUAUCUUAAAAGUCUUUGGGAGCAGGAGAGGGAAAGCAAUAAUUUCAAAAAUGAUUGUAAAACAUUAAUCUAAGCACAUGUAGAGAAUGCAUAAAGGAAAGCAAAAACAGAAGUAGAAAGUUCUGAUGACAUUCAAAAAAUUGAGAGCAUAUUGGUUCCUAUUUAAGACAUAGACAAAAAGCAAGGUCUUCAGAGAACCUAGAGACAAAGGUUCAAGAUCACCCAUCUCAAGCAGCCCAGCAGCAUCUACAAGAUCCCCAAUGGCCUUGCCCUUGGCUUUCCUGCUGGCCCUGAUGGUGUUCAACUGCAAGUCCACCUGCUCUCUGGGCUGUGACCUGCCUCAGAUACACAACCUGGGUCUUGAAACUUCUGACGGAAAUGAGGUGGGAGCCCUGACACUCCUGGAAAAAAUGAGGAAAAUUCGCACUUUCUCCUGCCUGAACUACAGAAAGGACUUUGCCUUCCCCCAGGAGCAGUUGGAGGGUGAGCAGGUGCAGAAGACUCAAGCUGUUGCUGUCCUCCAUGAGAUGACCCAGCAGAUCUUCAACCUCUUCAGCACCCAGGAGGCCUUUGCUGCUUGGGACAAGACCCUCCUGGACACCUUCCUCACUGGCCUCCAUCAGCAUCUGGAUGACCUGAAAGCCUGUGGGACCCAGCAGGUGGGGGUGGAAGAGGCUCCCCUGAGGGCUGUGAGGAAAUACUUCCACAGGAUCACUGUCUACCUGAAGGAGAAGAAAUACCUGCCUUGUGCCUGGGAGGUGGUCAGAGCAGAAAUCAUGAAAUCCUUCUCUUCAUCAGCCAACUUGUAUGGAAGACUAAGGAGCAUGGAAUGAGACCUGGUCCAACAGGGAAAUGCCUCUCACUGACGAACACACCUUACCACAUUCCCACAAGUUCUGCCAUUUCAAAGACUCAUUCCUGCUGGAAUUUUGAAAUGAAUUCAACCAAUUUUUCAGAUGAUUUCAAGAAUAUUAGACAACAUCCCAU